AAAGAUAGCAAAAAAAAAUAAAAAAGAUUAUAAAAAAUCCAAGAAAACAUUAGGUCAUACCUUAACAGAAUGGAACAUUUUAUCUAAUAUUGAUAUGUAUGAAUGGAUACCUUUUUCAUCUAAGGAAGCAAAAAUUAAUUGUAAUAUAAAAAAUAUGAAACAUGCUCUUACUAAAGUUGGUUAUAUAGGUCCUAAUAAAUUUGCUUCUCUUGGUAAUAAGGAUGGAAAAGAUUCUAUUGACAUGGAUCAGUUAUUUAGUUCUAUUAUGAGUUCUUCUAAUGCGUUCAUUCAAAGAUAUAUGGGGGAUGAUAUUACAUCUAGUGGUAAUAGUCUUAAAAAACAAAAAGGGUUACUCUCUUUAGGUCUUUACGCUUUAUGGGAAUUUUUUGAGCAUGUUGUGAUACCUAUUGCCGCUGCUCUUAUUUUUGGAAGUGAUGAUAAUGUACAUAGAUGUGAAGAUAAAGACCAAGAAAAGUGUAAGUGUAUUUGUGAAAAUAAAAAAAAGUCUUGUUGUGCAUCUGCAGAUGGAGGUAAGUGUGCCUGUAAUUGUGUAUGUGCAGGUGAAUCUACAGGUGGUGCUACCUGUGCAUGUAAGUGUGCUGGUGUAUGUACAGGUGAAGGUGUUGCUACCUGUACAUGUAAGUGUGCUCAUGGAAAUGGUUUUAACGAAAUGGUGCAUCAAAUUAUGGAAAGAGGUCAAGUUUUUGUUGAUGCUUUUUUUGCUGUAUAUAUUAUAGCUUCAAUAAUGUUAAUUCUUUAUUAUGUUUUAAAAUAUUAUAGAGAAGUAAAAAUGGGAAAAAAAGAGAAAUAUAUGAAAAUAUUACAAGAAUAG